CCUGAGGUAACUUUAUUUCGUACUUUACUCCUCGUUUUCUCGACAGCAAUAACAAUCACUGCAUUCAUUCCAACUACCAAAGGUACCGCAACAAUUUUUAAGAUUGCUCAGCUUGAACCGAUACUAAUAAAAAAAUCGUGUUUCAGAUUUGGUACUCGAUUGGUAUAAUACAUAGAAAUACGAACAGUAAUAUGGCCUUUUAUUGGAUUUAUGUGGUAGAAGCUGCCAUGAUACUCCAUGCCUUCAUGAUGUUUCUCUACGGGAUAGACUAUGCUAAGAUGUAUCAACUUCCUAAAGCAGAGGAUCAGAUGAGAGCAAGAAUACUUUGCGACUUAUUGCAGACACCUCCAAGUAAACGGUUCGAGAGAAUUCUGGAUUUGUGCUUCUUUCUCGUCUCGAAUGAAAAUGAGAAAGAGAUGCUUCAUUUACCCAAUGAAGUCCUUUCGGAAAUUUAUCAACAUCUUGAGAAAAGAAUCCGGAGGGAGCGGUUGCUUGAGGAAGAGCCUAAACGCUUUAUGGUCUUGACUGAGAAGGAGUUUAAGCGGUAUAAGUCUUCUGAAAGCUCUUGGGAUAGUGGAAGCACUGAGGAAAUCUUAAAAUCUUGGGAUAUCCCGACGGUGGAACGGCCCAUGGGACUCGAGAAGGAGAUCGAGAGAGUUCAGAAGCGUAUUAAGGACCAUAAAAAUUCCAAGGAAGACACGGAUAAGGAAGGCGUGGGGGAAAUGUUGAGUGGAGAAGCUUCGCUUACGAGGAUGGAGAUGUCGGAUAAUGUUGAUCUUGAAAAGGGACUUUGAAUGGAAUGGGGAUUUAUGACAUGGGCUUCAUUAUUAUGAAGACUGGUCGCUUAAAGAGAGCAGCAUAUACAAAUUCGAAAUUCAACCUAUCCAAGUUAC